AUGGCCGAAUAUAGACAUUAUGCAACACCGCAUCCCGAAUGGGUCGAUUUCCCAAACAAUCUCCCCCCAGGCACAAAACGAAGCUUGGGCAUGACCAGAGAUCAUGAUCCGAUUAUUCCACAGGAAGGUCUUGAUAUCUACGAAAUAAACGUCCCUGUGCGUGAUACAACGUCUAUCACGCUGCGCAUCUACCGUCAAACUGCUCGCAACGAUGCCCUUCCUCUGUUUCUAUACAUGCAUGGCGGUGGAUAUGUCACAGGUGGUCUUGAAACAGACGACGUGACAUGCAGAGCACUUGCGUCGGAAAUUCCAGUCGUUGUUGCCAGUGUCGAGUAUCGACUUGCGCCUGAGCACAAGUUUCCCAUUGGCUUUGAAGAUAGCUUCGACGUCGCUCGUUGGGCUGCAUCGCCAGAAGGCCAGGGGAAACUCAGCACGGACUUAUCCAAGGGCUUUAUUCUCGGUGGCACAUCUGCUGGCGCCAACUUCACUGCCGGCAUAUCGCACUUAGCUCGCGAUGAAGGCCUCUCUCCAAGAAUCACUGGUGUUGUGUUUCUCGCUGGGAGCUUCUGUCAUCCAGACGUGAGACCGGAGAAGUAUCUGGAUCGUAUUCUGAGCGUGGACGAGAUCAAUGAUGCACCUGGCCUCACACGAAAGUCAAUUGACUACUUCGUGGGAUUAUACGGUGCUCCUCCAAUAGACAAGCGACUGUCCCCUCUUCUGUUCAAUUCCCACGCUGGUAUAGCAGAGAAAGCAUACUUUGCAAUCUGCGGUUGGGAUCCACGACGGGACGAGGCUAUUCUUCUCGAUCAACUGCUCCAAGAAGCCGGGCUGUCAACCAAAUCACACAUCUAUUCAGGGCUACCUCAUGGCUUCUGGACGACUUGCCCUGACUUACCUGUUUCCAAGGAGUGGCUGCAGGAUCUCCUUCAGGGUGUGCGCUGGUUGUUGGAGUAAAGGUAAGCCGAAAGGAUAACGAGGACGACGGUGGGCAAAGGACGAAACACACUCAAUUUGUUCCAAAUCAGCUAAUCAGUACCGUCAUACAUUCUGCCCUUCCAUUACCUUCCAGCGUACCCUUUGACAGUUCUCAAAACAUGCCCAUUAUGCUUUUCUAUAAUUUCCGAAACAAAGAUCAUGAUGCCCUACAUUUUGAGCUUCUCCAUCUCCUCGGAGAGGAUGCCCUCCUCCACAACUUUGACC